AGAACCGAACAGCCCUGUGAUUCUUUUCUUGGGUUAUUUACUGGAACAUUAACGGAUCUCGCCGGUAUGAACACGGAGGAGACGAACGUGGAUCUGAAGGAUGCUGCGGAUGAAACCAAAGAUGCUGAGCCGAAGGAGGCGGCGGAGGAUCCCGCUCAGGUUUCCGCGGAUGCUGAUGCGACGGAGGCCGAUGUAAGCGAGGCGGAUCUGGACCAGGAGGAGCAGGAGAAGCUGCCGAUGACCGGAGGAGGAGGCCGGGCCGAGGACGCUCCGUCUGCCGGUGGGGAGGCGCCCUCGGCGGCGGAGAACGGCGCCGUGAAGCUGAAGAUGCCCGAAGAGGAGGAGGCGGAGGAGGUGAAAUUCACCGGGCUGAACAAAGAGGAGCUGCUGAGGGUGGCCGGGACUCCGGGCUGGGUGAGGACCCGCUGGGCCUUGCUGGUGGUCUUCUGGCUCGGCUGGUUGGGGAUGUUGGGGGGGGCCGUGCUCAUCAUCCUGCAGGCGCCGCGCUGCAGAGACCUGCCCGACACCGCGUGGUGGAAUGGGGGCCCGCUGUACCAGAUCGGAAACAUCCAGACCUUCACCGGCACCGGAGACCUCAAGGGCGUGGAGCAGAAGGUGGGCAGUCUGUCCCAGCUGAAGGUCCGGGGGCUGCUGCUCGGUCCGAUCCACGUGGCUCCGCCAGACGAAGCCAUGAGUCUGAGGUUCGAGGAGAUCUCCUCCGAGCUCGGGACCCUGGAGCAGUUCAGGAGCCUCGUCCAGGCCGCACACAAGAAGGGUAUUUUUGUGGUUCUGGAUCUGACUCCAAACUACCGGGGAUCGUCUGGACCCUGGUUCUCCAACAUCAGCGUGACCAACGUAGCCGAGAGGCUCAAGUCUGCUCUGGUCUUCUGGAUGAAUGAAGGCGUUGAUGGCGUGCAGCUGGCGGGGGUGGAGCGGGUGGCGAGCGUCGUGCCGUCUCUGUGGCUCGACAUCCGAGCCAUCGUCCAGAACGGGACAGAGGAGCGCCCCGACAAGAGGGUCCUGAUCGGAGUCACCGAGCGCUCCGCGGCCGAAGAGGUCUCGGAGCUCCUGUCUUCCACCGGCGUGGACCUGCUCGUCUCCAGGGUCCUCCGCCCCGGCAACACCGACGCCGGCGAGCUGGCCCGGUCCGUGCAGCUGCUGUAUUCGUCCCACAGCCAGACCCGGCUGGCCUGGAGCCUCGGGGGGCCCGCCGAGGGCCACCUGGCCUCGCUGGUGGGCUCGGCGCUGGUCCGGCUGCACACGCUGCUGCUGCUCACGCUGCCGGGCGCGCCCGUGGUCAACUACGGGGACGAGAUCGGCCUGAUGGACCAGGACACCAAGUUUCCCAGAAUGCUUUGGGACUCUGACGAGGAGCUGAACGGGACUCUGCAGGAGGAGCAUCUGGAGGUUCGGAGGUUUUUCGGCUCCCUGAGCGAGCUGCGAGGGAAGGAGCGCUCGCUGCUGUACGGAGACUUCCUGCUGCUCGCCAACUCCUCUUCUUCGCUGGUGUUCCUGCGCGUCUGGGACCAGAGCGAGCGUUUCCUCGCCGCCUUCAACUGGGCGCCGGAGGACGCCACCAUCGGCAUCGCCAUGGCGACGGGGCUGCCCCCCCGAGCCACCGUGGUGCUCGCCACCGACGGCAUCGCUCUGCCGGCCGACAGCAGCGUGGACCUCAGGGAGCUCCGGCUCGGCCCCGGGCAGGCCGCGCUCCUCAGGUUUCCCUACGCUGGAUAGGCUGCUGGUUACCACGGAAACACCGAGACUAGAGCUCCAA